CUGAUCCCGACGACGUUUUCUCUUUUUCCCUUCCACUCGCUGACGAAUGUCUGGGGUUGUCAAUCCGUAGGGCUGGCUAACACGGUCCUACCCGCCAUCAUCUACGCCGCGAACUACCUCAUCAUACCCUAUCCUCGAGCCGUCGUCACGCUCAUCGAGCUUCUGCCGUCAAUCGCGGUAAAGCUGUCGCUUCCCUUCGUCAUUCAUCGCGUGCCAUGUCGCGUGAGGCCUCUUGUCGUCGCGAUAUGCUGGCUUAUAGCCAAAAAGGUCGCGGAUGACACCCCGCCAAACGUGCUUCCACCGGUGCGUAUCGCGAUGUCGCUCCUGUCCUCGGUAUCGGCUGCCGUGAUGGAGGUGUCUUGUCUCGGGAUGAUCGGGCAUUCCGGGAUGCAUGCGCUGGUUGGGUGGGGCUUCGGCACCGGCGUCGGGCUGGUCAGCAACGCCGUGUGGCCGUUCAUGUUGACUCACAAGGCGGGUAAGGUUCUGAGGAGCGCGACGGGGGGCGUCUAUUACCUCGUUGCUCUUCUGAUGUUUUCGCACUUUGUGGUUCUGCCUCAGAGACUUACAAAGUGGGAAGGCGGGCAUCGGCAGGAGAGAGCGCAUGACGACGAUGAGGAGAGGCGCUCGUUCAUUGAAGGGGGUCGUCAUGGAAGAAGGCCGUCUGGCUCUGGCUCAACUGAGACCAGAGCCCAGCUACUUCAUGGCUUGGUCAGGCCAAACAUGCUGCCGCUCUUCGCGGCCUCCAUGCUGCUCUUCUUGCAACAAGGGAUCACCAGGACCCUCGAUGGAUCGGUCUUCGGCACAUUCUCACGGUUCGCUGCGACAUACGGCGUCUCUCUUCAUCUAGGAACUUUGGUGGCGAGGUCGUCAGUCAACUUGUUCCCUGUGCGAAACCUGAGGCUUUCUCUUGUGGCGUUGGUCACAGUCGCCGUCUUUGCGUUCUUCAACGCCGUCUUCCUCGUUUCGAUAUAUUUCGCCUUCUUCCUGGCAUUCUUGGCCGGGCUCUCGAGCGGGUCGGUGUACAUAAAUGUGCUUGCUAAGGUAAUGGAGGGAACCCGAGAUCUGAACGACAGGGAGUUUAGUCUGGGCGUCGUCACUGCUGCCGAUGCUGGGGGCAUCGCGACUGGCGGCCUGCUGAGCGCGUUCCUGGAGGGCAAGAUGAUGGUGUAUGAAGUGCGUGUAAAUGAAGACAUGUACAAUCAUGUGCUUCUGAUGGGACUGAACUUGAAUGGAUCAUUGUCAUGA